AUGCAGAAUCGAAUACAAUCCCAUCCUGCCGGAGCCUCGUCCUCUGCCUCCAGCGGCGGAGACGGCUCUGGUUCAGGCUUCUGUCUCAGUGAUAUAAUGGAAAUCGAUGCUGGCAGCGGAGGAGACCACAAAGCACCAGGCUCCCCGAGGUCCAAGCAUUCCGCUACAGAGCAGAGACGUCGCUGCAAAAUCAAUGAGAGAUUUCAGAUACUUCGUGAUCUUGUACCACAAAGCGACCAGAAGAGAGAUAAGGCCACAUUCCUUUUGGAGGUGAUUGAAUAUGUCAAAUUCUUACAAGAAAAGGUACAAAAGCAUGAAGCAUGUGCUGGUGGAGACUGGAGCCAAGAAAAUACAAAAUUGGCGCCUUGGAGUAGCAAUCGAGUACCAGUUGACCUCAUGCCAGGUGUAGCACCCACAACAAAAAUUGGCUCUGCUGGAAACUUUCUGGACAACAGCAUCCCCACCAUGCCAGAAAUGCUGCAAAAUGCUGAAACAGUAGUAGAACCAGCCAAGUUAAAUGCAGAUAUUAUAGAAUCACAGUACCAGUCCCAAUGGCAAGAGCUUUCAUGUCCAGCGGAUUGCCUUGUGGACAGUGAAAUGAGCAAUGAAAAAGAAGAAUUGACUAUAGAUGAGGGUACCAUAACUGUUUCCAGCGUGUACUCCCAAAACCUAUUUACAGCUUUGACUAAUGCAAUGGAAAAUUUGGGCAUCGAUUUGUCACAAGCUAGCGUCACCGUGAAUGUCAAUCUGGGCAGGAGAGCAAUUUCCAGGUCUACUAAUAUAUCCAGUGCAAAGGAAAGACAUGCCAGCCGCAAACUGAAUCAUGCAAGGUACUGGGCAGGCCAAAAGCUGUUAGGAAUCUGA